UUCCAUCUUGUUUUACCACAAAGCAACAGCGUACCACCACCGUCGUUGUUGUUGUAGUAGCAGCAAGUGAAUAAUGGCGGCAUCGGGAGGGGGAUUAACAUAUCCUGCUAAUGUGACUGGCUUUAACACUCCGGUCGUGGCCCGGYCUCGUUUCCCGGGCCGGCCAUGGACAUCUCGUAGUCGGCUACGGUCUGAGAAACGUCCGCAGCGGGGACGAUUGGACACUGAAGGUGGAGAGGUAAUCACUGGAGGCCCGAGGCCAAUCAACAUUGAACUAACGUUGUGCGAGGACCCGUCACUGCUACGCUUACUCGGGAUUGCUGAGAAACAUAGGCGCCAGAGCGACGCGGGUUUCUACUCAAGCGGGAGUGAGGAUGAGGAUUUCUCUGGAUUUGGGACGGAAUACCGGCCUACACUCUCAGCACGCAAUAUCUCUACAAACUGUCCUUUCCAAACAUCAUUAUUGAAGCCAAAAAAGCCUCCCCUAGCAGAACCUACAGCAAAGCUUAAGAAAAGUSGAGGCAAGGUCUCUGAAGAAGAGGUUGGAGAGGGUCGGGAAGAAAAUGCUGUGAAACCCAAAAUAAUUACCAAACUGGCAGCCCAAAAGAAAUCCAUCAGUUCGGGGGUUAAGUCUACAGGAAAGCAGGCUAUUGGGACAAAGGCCUCAAAAAGCAAGGGCAGUGCAAAAUCAGAUGGCUCUGACUGGAAAAUGGGAAGGAAAGCGAUGGAAUCGUCUUCAACAGACAGAAAGGGGAACAGGCAGGAACAAACAACUAAGSGAGGCUCAGGGUCCAGCACAGCCCGACCACAAACCAGCAGAAACAAGCAGGGUAAACUGGUGUGGACCCUGACAGUGGUCAAGGGCAAAGGGAAGACUUCCAAGGUCAAAAAGGCUGGGGAGAUAACAACAGACAAAGUUAAGCCACAGAGGUCUGGGAAGAGAAGAAAAGGAUCCCAGCAAGGGGACAAGGUUGAAGCUCAGUCUAGAAAUGGACAGAAGACCACGAAUCCCCACACCGCCUCUCAAGGAGUAGCACUGUCUCCUAAACCUGUGAAUAAGCAGCAGAGGAAGAGGGUGUCCAGGGGAACUGGGGAUUCCACUGAGGUUGGAGCUGAGCUGGGUCAGGAGCCAGCAAUACCCCUGGAAAGAAAGAAACCAGCACCAUAUACGCGUAAGUCCAUAUUUGGCUUCAGGAGGAAGCCCAGUAAUGUGCACAAGCUUAGUCUGCCAGAUUCUGUCGUGAAACGCUUCCGUCGUAAGGUYGUCUUCGACACCUACGUGCCAGAGUCGCUUCCAACCCCAGUGAAGCAGGUGGGACAGGAGGCGCAGUGGGAGAGAACCGGGACAGAGGGCAAACCUCUCCUGUCCCCUGGAGAGAUCCAGCAAGGAGGCAGAAGUAACAUCUCCUUGCCUGUGGUGAGCGCCAGGUCUUCACGUGUCAUCAAGGCACCCAAGAGGUUCCUCCAUGACGAGAUCAUAUCCUUGCCGAGGGGCUCCCCGAAAAAAAAGUGCCAAUACAAGGUGGAGGAGGAUGCCAUGAGCUUAUCCUUUUAUGAUUCAGACAAUGAUGACAUGGACAACUUGUCUCGAACUCCAGGUCAAAAUGAGUUCAAACCUGAAGUUGACGGCUCAACUGGUAAAAAAACACUUAAGACCAGCCUUUCCUCAAGCCCAGGCUCAUCCCACCUCGAGGUCUACGAGAGACUCAAGAAGCUGACUCUCAGCCUGGCCCAGAAGAAGAAGAAAGGCCUUAGUGCUGCUGAUGGUGAAACCACAGAAGAAGCCCAGGACUACCUAAGUUUGACCUCGCCGGUUAGGAAGAGGGGGAGGUCCAAUCUGAAGAUGGAGGACCUCAACUCUCCUGGGGUUGUGAGGAAACUGGCGGUGAUAGUCAGUGACGCUSCUGCUGCAUCUCAAACUGCUUCAUCUGAGACUCUGGAGGAGGCAGCAAAUGACACAGAAAAUGUCCAAGGGGUGGAGGCUGCUGCUGACGGGGAUUACGAAGGAGAAAGCCAGGCUGAUGAUGGGGUGGUGGUGGAACCGGAGGGCACCAGCCAUCGGAGMAACGUCACCAGCAUCAACAAGAGGAUGUUCCAUCUGCUGAAGAAGGCCAAGGUCCAACUCAUUAAGAUCGACCAGCUGAAGAGAGCCAGGCUGCAGCUUGUGAAGAUCGACCAAGAAAAACCAAUAAAGUCAUCACAGCUCCUGUCUGGAUCGGUAAAGCUUGGUCCCAGACAUUUAGGAGUGGGAAGGAGGAGGAGGAGGAGGAGGAGAGGCUCUGCUCAGGACCAACUCCCUGGCGGCCCACGCAUCAAGCACGUCUGUCGGGCAGCAGCGGUGGCGUUGGGGCAACCCCGUGCCAUGGUGCCUGACGAUAUCCCCCGGCUUAGCGCCUGCCCCUCCAUGAGCGGAGAGGCGAUCACCACCUCACCAGGCUGUAGAAGGUAA